AUGAGCAACUUACCAUUCACCAACAUAACUGUCGCGGGAGGCACCGGAGGGUUGGGUUAUCAUAUAAGCGAAGCCCUGUUGAACGAUGGAUCUUUUAACGUGAAAAUUCUUCGAAGACUGCCAAAAACCGCAAACGAGAAAGCCGAUUUGUUGGCUUCCAAGGGUGCAGAAAUUGUCUACGCUGAUUAUAAACAGCAUGAUGAUCUUGUUAACGUUCUUAGGGGAACCGAUGCGCUAAUCAGUACUGUAGCUCCCGGAAUAGCCAAGGGCAAUUAUGAUUUUGACGCUCUUCAAACUCCGUUGUUGAACGCUGCUAAAGCUGCCGGUGUGAGAAGGUUUUAUCCAUCUGAAUUCGGUAUGGAAGCCGAAAUUGGUGUUCAUGUAGAGACCGAUAGCAAAGCCGCGUUCCGUGAGAAGGUUAAAAAAAGUGGACUUGAGUACACCAACAUUCUGUGCGGAAUGUUUUCAGAAUAUCUUGGCUCGGUUGGGUUUGAUGUCAAAAAUAAGACGGCCAAAUUCUAUGCAGACGGCGAUACCAUAUUGGCCACUAUUUAUCUGGCAGAUGUUGGCAAAUAUACUGCUGAAUCUCUUAAAAUAGAAGCAAGUCGUAACGCUACUCUCAAGCUUGCUAGUUCGAGAUUUUCACUCAACCAGAUAGUUAAAAAGCUUGAAGAAGCUACCGGCUCUGAAUGGCAAGUUGUCGUAGACAAAGACAUCAAACACAGAUUCCUGAAUAAGAUUGAUCCAAUUCCUUCACCAAUGGAUUUCUUCCUAACCAUUAUUAUAGAAGGUUCAUCGUUCCCACAUGUUGAUAAUGACAAGUUUAGUUUCAGCCCUCGUCCUUUCGAUUUCGACGAGUUUGUCCGACAAGAAUCUGUUUGA